AUGGAGGGGAAGGACUGGGAUGAUGCUGACGUGGCUGCUGUGCUGGGAUUGGCCAGCUCUGCUGCCACGGAUGCUGGUCCAAUCACAGGCCCCGAUGCUGAUGCUGCUGCGUUUGCCUCCAACGAUGUGUCUACAAUGCUGGAUGGGUACUAUGAGAUGAUGAAGGGUAAAGGGGAUGCGGCAUGGGCGGAUCGCAUGUUCCCCCAAGCUGCCUCCGCCUCUCAGCCUUCAUCCGCUUCUCUUGAGCCUUCUGAGUCAGCUUUGGUUUCAUCCCAACCCAGCGACACAGCAUCUGCGAGCAACGGGCGUGCAGGCAGGGGUGCAGAGCGGGGUGUGGAGAGCGGUGCAGAGAGCAGACUUUUGAGUCGACUCAAAAGUCAACUCGGCAACGGGCGUGCAGGCAGGGAUGCAGAGCGGGGUGUGGAGAGCGGUGCAGAGAGCAGCAGUGGUGGUGGUGCUGGUCCUGCUGCUGAUCGGACUGAUUCUGCUGCUGCACGCAUUGCUGCUGUUCCGAAUGCAGCUAGUGGAGCUGCGCUCACGGGUUCUACUACUGCCACAAGUGGUGGUAGUUCCAAUAACGGAGCUGCUAAUAAGGGGACAGGCGUUGGUGCGAGAGUUGGUCAUAAUGCCUCUGCCGCUGCUGCUGCUGCCGCCGCUGCUGCCGCCGCUGCUGCAGCUUCAUCAACAGAGGAAGCAACGCAAGGGGCGGGUGUGGGAGGUGUGGUGAUGGAAGCAACCGUCGGGAAGAAGGAGGAGAAGGAACAAGGGGGUGAAAGGAAAGGGGAAGGGAAAGGGGAGAGGAAAGUGGAAGCGAAAAGGGAGGUUCAAGUGGAAGCGAAAGGGGAUGGUGGGAGGUACAUGGGGUCAGUGGAGGGGCGGGCGACGGCAGCGGAGGUGGGGCGGGCGUUGGAGGGCAUCCUGGAUGACAUGCCACAAUACCGCCUCUGGAACUGGGUUGCACGGCCGCUCUAUGUUGGUGGUCUUUUCGAGGGUAUGCUGGAUGACAUGCUGCAGUUCCGCCUCUGGAACUGGGUUGCACGACCGCUCUAUGUUGGUGGGUGCGAUGGGGGUGUAUGGGUGCUGUGUGCUGAGUGUUGUCUGCUGUGUGCCAUUCCAUUGGAGGGGCUGGAGAAGAUUCCGCGCAACGAGGGCAAGCUGCUGUUUGUGGGCAAUCACACCAUCUUCGGCAUCUAUGACAUGCCGCUCAUGAUUCGAGACAUCCACAUGCGCACAGGGGUGACUUUAAGAGGGCUCGGCGCGCCUACCCACUGGCAGGGCCCCUUUGCCGACCAGUUCACCAAAUAUGGGGCUGUGCGGGUGUCCCCCCGGGCAUGUUAUCAACUCUUGCGGGAGGGGGAGAACCUGCUGCUGUACCCGGGGGGCGGCAGGGAGGUGGGGAAGCGGAAGAACGAGAAGUACAAGCUGUUCUGGCGGGAUACCACCGACUUUGUGCGCAUCGCCGUGCGCUGUGGCGCCACGAUUGUGCCGUUCUCGACUAUCGGGGUGGAGGAUGCGUUUGAUGUUCUCAUGGACCCCGAGUGA